CGCGAAGAUCUUCAAACGAAGACGAAACUCACAAAAUGUCUUCCAGCACCAACGCCUCUAACUCCAUCUCGAUGGAUGUUUGCUCUCCGGAGAAAGUGCGUGGAUCCAACUCCAACGUGCUUCCGCACCUCUGCCAGAUUGUACCUUCAUAAUUUAUAUUUUACAUCAUAUUUGACUAAGUCAGUUGUUCCUGUACUAUGUUAUACUUGUACCAUAUCGCAUUUUCUCAAAAUCAACAUUUAUAUUUUACAUCAUAUUUGACUAAGUCAGUUGUUCCUGUACUAUGUUAUACUUUUACCAUAUCGCAUUUUCUCAAAAUCAACUUCCCAUCUUCUUUCAAUUUUACAAUCAAUUUCAGGUGAAAAAGAAUCAGCAGCAAACGCACUGGUUGAUCAAGCAGAACACUGCCGUGCAGAACAACACGGUCAACCCGGUGGUGGAUGACUCGACCAAUCAGACCAUUUUGUUCAUGUUGAACCAAAUUUCCCAGACGCUGAACGUGUUGGUCAUGAAGCUGCAGGCAGGAGAAGCAACGGAUG